ACCCCCCUCCCUCCCAGUCCUUAUCCAUCAUCUCCCUCCCUCUUAUUACUUUGUGUUUGCAUAUAUAUAUAUAUAUAUAUAUAAAGGAAGCGGUGCUAGAUAGAUUAUAUAUAGUCAGUCGACUCCCAAGGGUGGGUGGUGUGUUUGUUGGUUAUUCAUGGAUUCAAUGGAAAGCAUGGUCUCAAGUCUUCAGACAUACAUGUCCUUGGCCUUCUUCUUAUUCACUGGUGUUUUUCUCAUAUUUGCUCUAGCGCUGAAGAUCUUGAGGUCGAGCCCAUGGUGCAGCUGCGACGUGUGCCGAGCCUACGCGUCGUCGUCGUGGACGGCGGAGUUUGACAAUCUCUGUGACUGGUACACGCACUUGCUGCGGCUCUCUCCGACACGCACCAUUCACAUCCAUAUCCUCGGAAACACCAUCACGGCCAACCCAGACAACGUUGAGUACAUGCUCAAGACUCGGUUUGAUAACUUCCCCAAAGGCAAGCACUUCUCCACCAUCCUCGGUGAUCUCCUUGGCCAUGGUAUCUUUAAUGUUGACGGUGAUUCAUGGCGGUUUCAGAGAAAGAUGGCUAGUCUUGAGCUGGGUAGCAACUCCGUCCGAUCUUACGCUGCUCGGAUUGUGUCCGAUGAGGUGCACGACAGGCUUCUUCCUUUUCUUUCCUCCGUCGCCGGCACCGGAGGAGUCAUUGACCUUCAAGACGUUUUCCGCCGGUUCGCCUUCGAUAGCAUAAGCAAGAUCUCAUUCGGACUCGACCGGGGAUGUCUCGAGCUGCCGGUUCCGAUGUCGGAGUUCGCUGCGGCAUUUGACCUUGCCACGAGACUCUCCGCACAGCGGGCGACAGCAACGUGGACGGCAACGUGGAAAAUCAAACGGUUGUUCAACUGGGGAUCUGAGAAGGAGCUCCAGCGUGCUAUCCGACUUGUUAACGUCUUAGCGGAAGAGGUGAUAAGACAGAGGAGAAAACUCGGGUUCACAGAGAACCAUGAUCUACUAUCCAGAUUCAUGGGCUCGGUCAACGAGGCCAAAUACCUCCGUGACAUAGUCAUCAGCUUCUUACUCGCCGGGCGCGACACGGUCGCAUCAGUUUUGACCAGCUUCUUCUUGGAACUAUCAAAGAACACGCGCGUUCAGCGCGCGAUACAGGACGAGAUCAACCGUGUUUUGAGGAACUCGAGCUCGAGCUGCGAGUUCGACCAGGUGGUGAACUACGAGCAAAUCAAGGAGAUGCACUACGUGCACGCGGCGCUUUACGAGACCUUAAGGCUUUACCCACCCGUGCAGCUCGAUUCCAAGUUCUGCUUGGAGGACGAUGUGCUCCCAGAUGGCACGUUCGUCAGCAAGAACACGAGGGUCACGUACCACCCCUACGCGAUGGGCCGGAUGGAAGACGCGUGGGGUCCCGAUUGUGAGGUGUUCCGUCCCGAGCGUUGGCUUUGUGACGGUGUUUUCAAUCCCGAGAACCCGUUCAAGUUCCCUGUUUUCCAGGCCGGGCUUCGAGUGUGCCUAGGCAAAGAGAUGGCUAUCAUGCAGAUGAAGACAGUGAUCGUGUCCAUUGUUCGAGCAUUUGACAUCAAUGCCAUUAAUGAAACCAGCAGCAGCCGACCCCCCAAGUUCGCACCAGGCCUUACAGCAUCCUUUGCCUCCGGUCUUAUGGCCCGCGUGAGCCGUAGAACCUCCAACGAUGGCACUUGCUCAUGCUAGCUAUUCCAAUGUAGAGGAUGUUUGAUAAAAUUCACACCAUCAUCAUCAUCAUCAUCAUCAUCAUCAUCAUCCUCCUCCUCCUAAACGGAUGUAACAUAUAUUCUUGUGAUUGGGAUAGGAUACAUGGCUGAUUGUACAUAUAUAUAUAUUUAUAUAUUUAUAUAUUUCACUAUUGGAAGCUUGAUCGAAAAUCAAGAAAUUAUUAA